CUGACAGCUAUUUAGUUAGCUGUUAACUACAUCCGAAUGGAUGCAGAGCCAGCUGUGUAAAACAGGCUAGUUGUUCGCCGAUAUCGUGUAUUUAUCAAUAAUAUAGCUAAACAGUUUCUUGUAAAUAGACAUCGUUUCGCGGAAAUAUAUAUUUUUCCGUGCGUUUGUUCAACAAGCUGACGUUAGCUGCCUUCCGUUUUGUCGUUAGGAAAAGGCUAACGUUUGCACAAGGACGUUAGUGCUAGCUUUAACGCUUGCGAAGUUAACGUGCAAUCGAGUAUUAUUAUCCGGAAUUGAACUAGUGAGCGACAUUAGUCCCCGAUUCUUGUUUUUCUGCUGCAUUGGCUGUUUGGGAGCAGAAAGAGCGAGAAAGUUCUCCAUUUCAGCAGGACAACAAUGUCUACAUCGAACGCUAAUUUCAAAAACAAGUGUGUGACCCAGGUGAACUGCACAUUUUGUGACAGUCUUCUCUGCACAAGAGGCAUGAAAGCAGUGCUUCUUGCAGACACUGAGGUUGAGCUUUUUUCGACUGAUAUACCUCCCAAUAGAACUGUUGACUUUGUGGCCAGCUGCUACUCUACUGAAAGCUGCAAAUGCAAACUGAGAGACAUCGCAUGUCUCAAGUGUGGUAAUGUUGUGGGCUAUCAUGUUGUGGCCCCCUGUAAACCCUGCCUGCUCUCCUGUAACAACGGCCAUUUCUGGAUGUUCAACAGCGACGCUGUAUCUACUCUCAACAGGCUGGAUGCCACAGGUCUGAAUCUGCUCCUGUGGGGAGAUCUUCCCGAACUGGAUGACAGUGAGAACGAAGAUUUAGAAAGCCCAUCAGAGGAGGAGUGUAUUAGGUAGAGAGGGAAACGGACAAUGUGAGAGACCUGGAAUGCCAACAUUUGAGGCUGAGCUAGAAGAGUGUACAAACCAUGCUUGAGAUAAGAGAGAAAAGAGGUGGUUUAAAGGGUAAUUUAAUACUGAAUCAAACAGGGCAGAAACGUGCUACUGUACUGCUGCUGCAUUAGUUGAAAACUGAAACCAUGGUGCACAUCUGGCCGCACCCCAAUCAGGGACGUCACAGCAGGUGUUUUGCCUUUGCAGCUGAUGAAGAAAGCACCUGCUGUGACAUAACUGAUGGGGCGUGGCCAGAAACCGAACAUGCUCCAGAGUUAUUAGAACCCACAGAGAACAGUGCAGCAAAAGUUUUUGGCCCUAUGUUAUUUAGUGUUGAAUUACACUUUAACCUGUGACCAUGUCUUUCCCCAUCACUGAUAAAAGCACAGACGCAUAAUGUCGCACACAUUCUUUACUCUCUUUUUCUCUUUGUUGUAUAUUUGCAUGGGCUACUGUAAAACAUGUGGCUGAAGUCGACUGAAAAUAACAAACAACUAGACUCCUUAAUCUAGUGCAUUCUACUUUUCAUCAGUUUCCACUGAGCUCUUGGUUUUGAUCAGCCUUCUGAGAAGUUGGGGAUGUGGUAUGAUAAGUCAAUGGAACUUGUGCGGGUGCUGUGCUUUUUCACGCUGUUUACGUUCAGUCCACUUUUCUGAUAAGUUGACCACAAUUCGCCUACCUUCUUUUUAAUGGCAGUUAUAAUCUGUACAUUGACUAUGCUGUAAUAAGCAAAAGCUCCCAUAAGAGUUAUGUCUUAAGUUGGAGUGCUUCUUGAAACCUGUGUAUUGGAGGAAAAAAAAAAUAUAUAUAUAUAUAUAUAUAUAGGUUACAUUACGAUCUGACGUUCUAUCAGUGAUACAUUUUGAUAUGCUAAGACAGUUUGUUACUUGACAGCAGCAGUAUGUGCCUAACACCCAGAGGAAUCUGACUGUAGCAGUAUCUGACACUAACAUACUAACUUAUGCAUAGGGUGUCUUUUCACAAAAGUCUGGAGCAGCUCAAGUCAAAUAAUAUGUUGCCAGAUUGACGAUAUAAGAAAGCUAGAAUGGGAGCUAACAAAGGUGCACUUUUGCAACGCUCAAACAUAACUUUCGAUGUGGAUCAUUAAGCAAAUGGAUUUUUGUGUCCAUGCUCUGUUUUUGUUACAUUACUGUUCAGUUUCCUGUAUCGGCAUGAUUGUAGCACUUGAA